GUCGGGUGGAACGCACAGAGCGGAAGUCGGGUGUGUAACGCUCCGGGCGGAGGACUGGCGACGAUUGGCAUUUGAGGAACCACAGUCUUUGUUAAAAAUCACAUGAGGAUGAGACGUGUGAAUACGGAUUCACCGAGGAUGGACAAGGAUGGGAGAUACCUGAGUGAGAAGAUAUUAUCUGUCACCCUGGAGAUCAUCCAUCUACUGACUGGAGAGGAUUACACAGUAGUGAAGAAGACAUCUGGUGAGUGUGAGACACCCAGCAGCUGCCCCCGUGUGUCAGGAGGGCAGAGCAGGAUCCAGAGUCUCAUCAUGGUGCCUCCACCUCAUUCACUGAUACAUGAAAGACACAAUGACCAGAAGAUCCUGGAACUCACCAACAAGAUCAUUCAGCUGCUGACUGGAGAGGAGGGGGAGUAUAUAGAGGAACACGGGGGUCUGUACAAGGACGUGAUGAUGGAGAAUCACCGGCCCCUCACAUCACUGGAUGGGCCCAGUAACAGAGAUACCCCAGAGAGAUGUCCCCGUCCUCUGUAUUCCCAGGAUUGUACAGAGGAGAAUCACAGGAUCCCACAGGAGGAUCAGAGUGAAGAUCUGACUGGUGUUAAGGGAGAAGGUAUGGAGGGAGAAGAGAUGUAUAUGACUGCUAUGAAGAUAGAUGGAAAAUUAGAGCCGAAUGUGACUGAUAAGUCAGAUGAUAUAGAGGGAGAAGAAGAGACGUAUGUGACUGCAAUGAAGGCAGAAGAUACAGAGGGAGAAGAAGAGACGUAUGUGACUGAUAUGAAGGCAGAAGAUAUAGAGGGAGAAGAAGAGACGUAUGUAACUGAUAUGAGGGCAGAAGAUACAGAGGGAGAAGAAGAGACGUAUGUGACUUAUAUGAAGGCAGAAGAUACAGAGGAAGAAGAAGAGACGUAUGUGACUGAUAUGAGGGCAGAAGAUACAGAGGGAGAAGAAGAGACAUAUGUGACUGAUAUGAGGGCAGAAGAUACAGAGGGAGAAGAAGAGACGUAUGUGAGGUGGGAUCAGCAGUGUAAGGAGGAGGAAAUCCCUACAGAUAUCAGCACAGCUGGAAGCAAAAGCAGGACUAUCUCUAAUGGACAUCUCAUUUUGUCUCCGGAUUUUAACGUAGCAGAUAACAUCACACAAGAGUCUCCAGAAGAAAACUGCAUUAACCUAAAUAUACGUCCAGUACUUCACAGUGUAGAUAUGUCAUCGGAUCCUGCUUAUAACGGUGAAUGUUCUCCCGGUACAUCAAACAUUGCUGGACAUUGUAUAGAUCAUAGCAGUGAUGCUAUUUUUUCCUCUUCCGAAAGUAGUAAAUGGUUUACACAUCCGUCGGCCUUUGUUAGAGACGAGAGAAGUCACACAUUUGAGCAACCAUUUCCAUGUUUUGAGUGUGGGAAAUGUUUUACAUAUCAAUCAGAUCUUGUUACACAUCAGAGAAGUCACACAGGUGAGAGGCCAUUUCCAUGUUCUGUGUGUGGUAAAUGUUUUGCAAAGAAAGCAUUUCUUGUUAGACAUCAGAGAAGUCACACAGGUGAGAGGCCAUUCUCAUGUUCAGAGUGUAGAAAAUGUUUUGCACAGAAAGCACAUCUUGUUGCACAUCAGAGAAUUCACACAGGAGAGAAGCUAUUUUCAUGCUCUCAGUGUGGAAAAUGUUUUACACAUAAUUCAUUACUGGUUAGACAUAAGAGACUUCACACAGGUGAGAAACCAUUUCUAUGUACGGAGUGUGGGAAAUGUUUUACACAGAAAUCACAUCUUGUUACACAUCAGAGUAGUCACACAGGUGAGAGAUCAUUUCCAUGUUCUGAGUGUGGGAAAUGUUUUACAGAUAAAUCAAAUCUUUCUAGACAUGAGAGAAGUCACAAGGGUGAAAAACCAUAUCCUUGCUCUGAUUGUGGGAAAUGUUUUGCACGGAAAGCACAUCUUGUUAAACAUCAAUUAAGUCACUCAAGUGAUAGAUCAUUCCCAUGUCCUGACUGUGGGAAAUUUUUUACACAGAAAGCAUAUCUUGUUAUACAUGAGAGAAGUCAUAAAGGUGAGACACCAUUUCCAUGCUCUCAGUGUGGGAAAUGUUUUACAUACAAAUCGAGUACUAUUAGACAUGAAAAAAGUCACACGGGUGAGAGGCCAUUUCUAUGCUCUGAGUGUGGGAAAUGUUUUACACGUAAAUCACAUCUCUUUAGACACCAGAGAAGUCACACAGGUGAGAAAACAUUUCCAUAUUCUGACUUUGAAAUUUCUUACAUAGAUAUCACAGCUAAGUAGACAUCCGAGAUCUCAGGGGAGAAAUCUGCUACUGUAAGGCAUUAGAGACGUCACACUUGAAUGUGCAUGAGUUGGUAGGUGUGAAACUGGGUUGCAAUAAUAUACGACCUAUAAGAAAAAUAUAAUUUCUCUGACGUCCUAGUGGAUGCUGGGACUCCGUCAGGACCAUGGGGAUUAGCGGCUCCGCAGGA